AUGGCGAAUUGGCCACGUGUUUCACCACUUGCCUAUGUUGGCUUGGGAGUAUUGAUCGGAUUGUGUUUGUCGAUUAUUUCACAGUCAGGAGUUGUGAGUUUAUCGGAAAUUCAGAGUUUUAAAAAUCUUCGAAUUAUUUUCAGCCGUCUUACGACCUCAACACGAGAUUUUAUAGUCUUCGAGCCGAACGAAACAACGACGAAACACAUAACCAUGCGCAUGGAAAUGAUCCGGUAAAAUAUUUUGACAACUUUUUCGGUACAUCAAAAAUAUUGUGCCAGACUCAAAAAAUUCCACGAUUUUCGCAACAAAAAACAUUCACAAAAGUUUCCGUGAUUUCAAAUGCAUAGAAAUUUUCCAGCAUAACGAUGAAGACGUUGAUGAUCAUCAUGCCGAUUUCGCACCAGUUCAAUUCCAUUCAAAUGAUUCAGUUCAUACGCACGAAGGUAAAUUUUAUUUUAUUUUUUGUCAUUUACUAAUCCAAUUAUUUUUUUUAGGUGAAAGUGUAGUUGCGGAUGAAAUAUCACAAAAGGUUCGAGUGUUUUGCUGGAUUUUGACAGGAAAACAAAAUCAUGAAAAACGAGCGAAACAUGUGAAAGCAACUUGGGCAAAGAGAUGUAACAAGUUAGUUUAUUUUCGAAAAUUUAGAAAAAUCUUCAAAUUUUUUUUAGAUAUGUGUUCAUGUCAUCAGAAGAAGAUGCAUCACUUCCAUCAAUAAAUUUGAAUGUAUCAGAAGGACGAGAUUAUUUAUGGGCAAAAACAAAAGGAGCUUUUACUUGGAUAUAUAAUAAUCAUUUAAAUGAUUAUGAUUGGUUUUUAAAAGCAGAUGAUGACACUUAUGUUGUUAUGGAAAAUUUGAGAUUUAUGCUUUUAUCACAUUCUCCUGAAGAACCUGUACAUUUUGGAUGUAAAUUCAAACCAUUUACAAAAGGAGGAUAUCAUAGUGGUGGAGCUGGAUAUGUUCUAAGUCGAGCUGCUCUCAAAAAAGUUUGUAAUUUUCUUUUUUUCUUGAAAAAAAUACGGAAAAUGUUUUUCAGAUUCAUCGAAGUUGCUUUACCCGACAAAUCGUUAUGUUCACAAGCUCACGGAGGAGCCGAAGAUGCCGAAAUGGGAAAGUGUUUAGAGAAAGUUGGAGUUAAAGCAGGAGAUUCUAGAGAUGCAGAUGGGCAUCAUAGAUUUAUGCCAUUUGUUCCCGAACAUCAUUUAUCUCCUGGACACGCUGAUCCAAAAUUCUGGUUCUGGCAAUAUACAUAUUAUCCAAUGGAUCAAGGACCAACUUGUUGCUCAGGUAAAAAUAAUUAAUUUUUUUAAUAUUUAGAAAUAAUCACUAGAUUACUAAUUACAAUUUUUAUUUAUAGAUUAUGCCGUUUCAUUCCAUUAUGUUGGUCCAAAUCUCAUGUAUGUUCUCGAAUAUCUAAUUUAUCAUCUCAAACCAUUCGGAAUCGAUAGAAGUUUCAAAAUUGCUAGAAAUGAAACACUUCUUCAUACAGCUUAUCUUAUAUCAAGAUCCGAAAGAGGACAAGACGAUGCUUUUAGGGAUAAUCCAGAACUUCAAAUUACCUAG